AUGCAUAUUAGGCUCGUGGACGAGCUUAAGCGGCUCUAUGGGAUCGUGGCCAGAAUCUGGCUAUUUAUCAGAAGGUACAAGGCUAUUAUUAUCCUAGCAGUGUUCUUGGCCUACAGGAUAUAUACUUUAAAGCCAGAUCCAAGCAAGCGGAACGCAUCUUUGCCUGGAUGGAGUCGUGAUGCGCCCAGAAGUAUAGCCGAUUACUUGGAUCCAACCAAGGACACGGCGCUCAUUGUUCCGCGAGAUUUCUGUCGGAGCAAGGCCUUGCUGACAAUAGCAGUAUGCUCCUAUGUGCACCACUUUGAACGGCGACGAGCUAUCCGCAUGCUUUGGGGCAACUCCACCGACUUCAACUACUCUGUCUUUGUAAAGCUGCAUGGUCAUCUUAAAGGACGAUACCAGGACGUGCUGCCCGAGCGUCUAAAACUGUAUAGCGAGUAUCUCAGUGGUGAGGGUGAUUCACUAAAGGCCUCCAUACGGAUCGUCUUCAUUCUGGGCCGCAGGAACUUGGCUUCCCUGCUUGAGAAUGAGGCGGUGGCCAGCGAGGCGGAGAAGUAUAAUGAUGUUAUCCAGGAGAACUUCAUUGACACCUACAACAACUUGACCAUCAAGGCUGUGAUGGCGCUAAAGCACAUCACCCAGAGUUGUCUAAACACAACAGCGUUCUACUUCAAGUGCGACGACGACACCUUCGUCAAUGUGCCUAACAUACUGCACUUCCUGCUCGGAGGAACGAUUCCUGUGAACGUGGUUACGGCAGGGUUCCAUUACGGCAACACAUACGAGGUCACAUCGCCGCGAAAACGAUUGACGGCUCGCAGGGAGAUGAUGUACGGACGCCAGCACUGCAAUGUUUCGCCGGUAACCAAUAAGUUGAAGAAAUGGUACAUGCCAGCGUACAUGUUCCGGGGUGGAGUGUAUCCCAGGUACCUGUGCGGAUCCGGCUACUUGCUGUCCAUUGAUGUGGUGCCACGUCUGUACAAGGCGUCGCUGGGCACUAGAAUCGUGCACUUGGAAGACAUGUUCGUCACCGGACUGUGUGCAGAGAAGGCUGGCAUCAAGCGAACGAACCACCCGCUCUUCAGGUCCAGCUAUCCCUAUGAAGGGGAUGAAGAGUGCGCCCUCAAGGGAUCCUUCACCGUUCACCGUGCAAAGGAUUAUGUCAUGUGGGAGGCCUGGUACCGAGUCACCAACUUCAGCAGCAAGUGCCCUCCACCAAACAAGGACUUCCACCUGCGUCUGCCCAAGAUGCAAAGGUGCUAG